AUGGUGGGGAUAGUGAUGUUGCUGCUUCUUUCUUCUGAGGACCACAAAGCAAAUGCCAUUAAGUGUCCUAUGAAUGAUCCCCUUCCUGUUCCACAUGAGUGGUAUCAGCCAGGGGACAUCCUUAUUGGUGGGAUUGCAUCUCAGAUUAUUUACUAUUUUGAUGAACUAUCCUUUAAUGGAGAUCCUUCUCAGGAAUUGUUUAAGGUUCCAAUUGUGGUGACAAAGAUGUACCAGCAUGUCCUGGCCAUGGUGUUUGCCAUCAAUGAGAUCAACAAGAAUCCCAAGAUCUUGCCCAAUGUCACACUAGGGUUCCACAUCUAUGACAGCUACCAUGAUGAGAGGAUGACCUAUCGUACCACUCUGGAUUUGCUCUUUAAAUUACACAGUUUUAUCCCCAGCUAUGAAUGUCACACCAAGGAAAACCUCAUAGCUGUCAUUGGAGCACUUGGCUCUGAUAUCUCCUUCCGCAUGGCAGACAUUUUAGGUGUCUACAAGAUCCCACAGCUCGCAUAUGGCUCAUUUGCACCAGAGAAGAACGGCGAAGCACAGAUUCCUUCCUUUUACUGUACAGUCCCAAAUGAAGCCCGUCAGUACAUGGGAAUUAUCCACUUACUUAAGCAUUUUGGGUGGACAUGGAUUGGGCUCUUUGCUGUAGAUGAUGACAGUGGGGAACAUUUUUUGCAAACCAUAGAGCCCUUGCUCUCCCAGAAUGGAAUCUGUUCAGCCUUCGCUCAAAGAAUGCAAAGACAAAUCCAAGUGCAUGAUCCCCCCAAAAUGAAUGAAAUAACCUUAAAUAUUUAUCUUGCUCUUCGAGAUAGCAAAGCAAACACACUGAUCAUCUAUGGAGAAUCUAUGACCAUGAUAUGGCUGAUGACAUUUAUUUUCAUAGGAUAUGAUGAAUAUAUGGAAAACACGUUUUUUAGAAAAGUGUGGAUUAUGACAACCCAGAUUGAUUUCUUAACAACAGCCUUCCAAAAGGGCUUCAACUUCCAAGUGUUCCAAGGUGCCAUUUCCUUCUCGAUACAUGCAAAUGAACCUCCAGGGUUCCAGAAAUUCCUCCAGAACCGAAAACCUUUCUGGGCACAAGGAGACGGCUUCCUGAAGGAUUUUUGGGAGCAGGCAUUUGACUGUUCAUUUCCAGAUCACAGCAAAUUAGUUGAGGCUGAUGGAUCAUGUACUGGGGAGGAGAGGCUGGAGAGCCUUCCUGACUCUGUUUUUGAAAUGAGUAUGACUGGCCACAGCUACUCUAUCUAUAAUGCUGUCCAUGCUGUGGCACAUGCUUUACAGGCCAUGGACACAUCUAGAUCCACCCAUAGAUCCAUAGUAGGUGGUAAAGGUCUUGAACUUCUUCAGCCUUGGCAGCUCCACUCACUUCUUCAUGGUGUUUUGCUGAACAACUCAGCUGGAGUAAUGGUGUCUUUUCAUGAUGAUAGUGAGCCAGAAACCGGUUUCGACAUAAUGAACAUGGUGACAUUCUCAAACAGGUCCUUCCACAAAGUUAAAGUUGGAAGGGUGGAUUACAAUGUGCUUGAAGGAACAAGUUUAAUACUUGAUGAAGAUAAAAUUGUGUGGCACAGAGCCUUUAACCAGAUGCUACCCAUUUCUGUCUGUAGUGACUCCUGCCUUCCCGGAUAUCAGAGGAAAAAGAAAGAAGGGAAGAAAUUUUGUUGCUAUGAUUGUGUUCCAUGCCCAGAAGGGGAAAUUUCUUAUCAGAAGGGCAUGGGUGAUUGUUUCAAAUGCCCUGAAGAUCAGUAUCCAAGCAAGGACAGAGAUGGCUGCUUUCCUAAAGUUAUUAGCUUUCUAUCUUAUGAAGAAUCUUUAGGAGUCAGUUUAGCUUGUGUGGCUGUUUCUUUUUCCCUGGUCACAGCUUCGGUGCUAGGAACCUUUGUUAAGUAUCAAGAUACCCCCAUCGUCAAAGCCAACAACUUGGACAUCACCUAUACUCUCCUUGUCUCCCUUCUGCUCUGCUUCCUCUGUUCUUUGUUAUUUAUUGGACAACCUGGGAAGGUGACCUGCUUUCUCCGUCAAUCUGCUUUUGGCAUCAUCUUCUCAGUGGCUAUUUCUUGUGUGUUGGCCAAAACCAUCACUGUGGUUGUAGCUUUCAUGGCCACCAAACCAGGGUCCAACAUGAGGAAGUGGGUGGGGAAACGACUGGCCAACUCCAUUGUCUUUUCCUGCUCCUUUAUUCAAUUAGGUAUUUGUGCAGUGUGGCUAGGAGCAUCUCCCCCAUUUCCAGAUCUGGACAUGCAGUCACUGCCUGAAGAGAUCAUAGCAGAAUGUAAUGAAGGGUCUGUCAUCAUGUUUUAUCUUGUCCUGGGUUACAUGGGACUCUUGUCCAUCAUCAGCUUCACGGUGGCUUUCCUAGCCAGGAAAUUGCCAGACACCUUUAAUGAAGCCAAAUUCAUCACCUUCAGUAUGCUGGUGUUCUGCAGUGUUUGGUUGUCUUUUGUUCCCACAUACCUCAGCACCAAGGGGAAAUCCAUGGUGGUUGUGGAGAUCUUCUCCAUCUUAGCCUCAAGUGCUGGGCUAGUAUUUUGUAUCUUUUCUCCCAAGUGCUACAUUAUGUUGCUGAGGCCUGAGCUGAACAACAAGGAGCAGCUAAUAAGGAGAAAGAAUUAG